GUCCGUGGCAAGUCAGAGGAGAUGCACCAGAGAAGGGCUCCGAGAGCGCAGGCCAGGCCUGGCGCACCUCGUCGUGGCAUCCGAGCCCUCGGUGGAAGAAACCAGAUCUGUCGGACCCGCCCAAGUGGAUGGGGUGGGCGGACUUCAGGGUCUGGAGACGACAGGCUCGCAGAUGGCUCGACGGUGCAAACAGUAAGGCGACGAACCGGCCGGACAAGCUGCUUCUUUUCCUGGAUCCGGAGACGCAGCGGCAGUUUCAGGACAUCCCCGACACAGUGCUGCUGAGCAAGUCGGGCCCUUCGCUGUUGCUGUCGCGCUUGGGCACUCUGAGCGGGCAGAGGCAUGGCGACCACCGCCGGAAGGCGGGCCGCGAG